GCUAGCUAGAGGUUAUUUUUUGACGUGCGUCAUCACGGCUUGUACGAAGUAAAACAUGAAAACAGAUGAUUUCAUUACCAUAUUAUUUGCAAUCAGCACGUUUCUAUGCCUAUUUACUUGUAAUGCCUCAGGCGACUUGAGUGCUGCUGAUGAACUACCGCAAGUACAUGCUCCACACCCUUCUUCCGAGGGAGCAUCUCAGACACAGACGUCUUCAUCGUCUCCUAAUCAUCAUCCCGCAGGGGGUCCGGUUCCUCUGCUAGCAGUGCUAAUGGUAGUUUCACUUUUGGUGAUUGUUAUAAAAACGUUUCAAGAUUGUCGGUCUCGGUCUGAUCCAACUCCAGUUCGGACAACAACUAUGACUACUUCUUAGCAACGCACAUAUAUCUCAUUCAUUCUCCACAGAUGUAACAGAGAUAAUGUCCCUUCAAAAUCAUACUAGUAUGUUAUGUCACAGACAUUAAUUAUAAAUGAUACGGAGUACUAUGUAUUAUUGUUUCCAGAUGCCCGUAAAAACAACAAAAAUAGUUGUACUCUCAUUAGAGUAAUUUCUGUCUUACUGUCUACUACUAUUAUAGAUUGUUGCAAAUGUAUGUACGGAGUAUCUAUGACUGAGUGUUUUAGUGGUGUUUCAUUUUCGGAUGUAUCCGGGUUGUUUUAGUAAAUGAGCUGCUUACAAA